UUCGAAUCCAUAACUUUGUGAGAACUCAAAAAUUUUUGAACUUCGAGCGUCCCAACUUUAUAAAUAAAUAUGUAUUUAACAAAUAUAUGCACAUCUAAUAAAUAUUAAGUAACAGCUGCGAAGUGAUUUCAUACAAUUGCAAUUUCCAAGGAAGAAUUCAAGGUUUACGUAACCACAAGUAUCGUACAAACUUGUACAUUCAACGUUUGAGCACGGUUUAAUUUCCAUGGUACGUGCUACGCUAUCGUAUAUUGAUUAAUGUUCGCUGAUUCAGUGCUGUUGCUCUGUGCUUCCGCGAAUAUAUUUCCUUAUUGGCGAAACAUCACGAACGAUAAUAUUUCGACACAUUCACGGGAAACAGAAUAUUGUUGACUGAUUUCAUUUCUACGGACGCGGUUCACAAACAAGGAAAUUAUUAGUAGAUUUUUCUCGUCUUCGUUCAUCGUACAGAUUAAAUACGUGACAGCUCGCGCGACGGCUGCGCCAGGACAAACAGGAAAAAAUAAAAGAAGAGAGAAAUAUAGAAAUUCGCAGGGAGGAGCUUCUCGCUUGUUUUCUAUCUCCGUCUUUCUCUCCGACAAACGUACCGGAAGUGUCAAAUUAAAAAUCGGUUUAUUUGAACAUUUGGAUUCCGUUCAGAUGGCUAUUUCCAGAGUGAACAAUAAAUCCCGUAAUAUCCGCGCAGCGUGUGCCUCUUCCACGGUCGGCAAUUCAUCGAACAAUAAAUUCCUCGAGGAUUACCACAAACUGAUCAAAUAUUACCUGGCCGAUGACUCCGCGAACGAUAUACAACAAACGCCUAAUGUCGAUGAUCUGCUGAACCUCGCCGAACAGGACUUUAUUCAAACUUACGGCGCGUUCCCUACAUGCGCGGUGUACGCGCCCGGAUGCCUCACUAUAGCCGGCAAGGGCACAAAUCUGGCGGAAAGUAACUCGCUGUCCAUGGUACGUGAAAAUUUAUCUGUUACACGCAGGGUGGCUACGCGAUAAUACUCGCGCGGAAGGUACGCAACAGAAAUCACUUCGGUCAUUCUGCAAAUAUCGUAAAGCCUGAG